UAGGGGCUCAAACCGUCUAAAUGUUGGUUUUCGGUAGCGUUAAAGCACGGAAAUAAACAACGUUCAUUACAAAUGCCUUGUGAGGGCGAAAUAUUACCGGCUGCGAAUAACCGGUAACGUUGGUUGUGUAUUUUUGUUUCUCCGCCCACUCCGGAAAACUCAACCGAGUCGUCGUAUAUUUUUAUUUUUAAGGUGACGUGGUCGGUCCCCUCUUCCACACUGUCUCAUUUGUCAAUAAAAGUACUUGGUGUACCCGGAUAUGAACGCGAUGAAUGUAUAAUACGUCGGGAGUUGGGACAUCGCAUCGAGGAUUUCCAGGAUGUUCAGCUGUAAAUCUUUACAUUGAGCUCCAGUAUCGGCGCAUACGGGAGCAGAGAAGAGACUGUCGGGGCCUGGAGUCCGAGGAAACCAGCGAAGAGACAGGUUUAGUUGGAUCUGCAGCAUCGGGACUGAAGUGACACAACGGGGAUACUGGUAGUGCAGAUUUUCCCAACUUCUUGUCUGCGCUCAUUUGCUGUGGGAGUAGGACUUUAGGGUUAUGCAGUGUGGAAUAGGACACCUGCCAGGUGGCUGCCAGAGGACGAUGGGCCUGCACUGCGUCUUGAUCCUGUACUUGUUCUCAGGCUUGGUGGUGGGCUACAAGCAAGGGGACAACGUGACUCUCUAUGUCAACAAAGUGGGCCCUUAUCAUAACCCCCAGGAGACAUAUCACUACUACACCCUGCCUGUUUGCAGCCCGGAGAAGGUGCAUCACAAGUCCCUGAGUCUGGGAGAAGUGUUGGAUGGUGACAGGAUGGCAGAAUCCUUAUAUCACAUCCGAUUUAGAGAGAACGUUGAGAAAAAAACUCUUUGCAAGCUCAUUCUUUCAGAGAAACAGGUGGACCAGCUUCGUGAGGCCAUCGAGGAGCUGUUUUACUUUGAAUUUGUCCUGGAUGACAUUCCAAUCUGGGGGUUUGUGGGAUACAUAGAGGAGAGCGGCUUCCUGCCUCACAGCCACAAGGUGGGUUUGUGGACUCACCUAGACUUCAACAUCGAGUACAACGGCGACUCAGUGAUCUUUGCCAAUGUCUCAGUAAAAGAUGUCAAACCUGUUCCCCUGGAGGAGGGGGCGGGGGCAGUGGUGGGCGGAGUCGGAUUGGGCGGAGGCGGCCUAACGGUCACCCACACCUACAGCGUGCACUGGUUCGAGUCCCCUCUCCCUUACGCCCGGAGAGCCGAGCGCCUUCGAGACUACUCGUUCUUCCCCAAAACACUGGAGAUCCACUGGCUGUCCAUCAUCAACUCACUGGUGCUGGUGGUGCUGCUGCUGGGCUUCGUCAUCAUCAUCCUCAUGCGGGUCCUUAAGAAUGACUUUGCCAGGUACAAUGUGGAGGAGGAGGGCGGCUGUGACGAUCUGGACCAGGGAGACAACGGCUGGAAGAUCAUACACACUGACGUCUUCAGGUUUCCCCCUUACAGGAGCCUGCUGUGUGCCGUGCUGGGCGUUGGGGCUCAGUUCCUUACCCUUGCCACAGGAAUAAUCGUCAUGGCAUUGCUGGGAAUGUUCAACGUGCACCGCCAUGGCGCAAUCAACUCUGCAGCCAUAGUCCUGUACGCCCUGACUAGCUGCGUGUCCGGCUACGUGUCUUGCAGCUUCUACACACAGAUCAGUGGCCAGCGCUGGGUGUGGAACAUCAUCCUCACCUCGUCGCUCUUCUCCGCUCCUCUCUUCCUUACAUGGAGUGUAGUGAACUCGAUCCACUGGUGGAGCGGCUCCACUCAGGCUCUGCCGGCCACCACCGUGCUCCUCCUGCUGGGUGCCUGGGUGCUGGUGGGUUUCCCGCUCACUGUCAUCGGCGGCAUCGUGGGAAAGAACCGGGCUGGCAGCUUCCAGGCGCCCUGCCGCACUCGCAACAUUGCCCGGCAGAUCCCUACACAGCCCUGGUACAAACACACGGCUGUGCACAUGGCCAUCGGCGGCUUCCUGCCUUUCAGUGCCAUCUCAGUGGAGCUGUACUACAUCUUUGCCACCGUUUGGGGCAGGGAACACUACACCCUCUAUGGCAUCCUGCUGUGCGUCUUCGCCAUCCUCCUCUCAGUGGGCGCCUGCAUCUCCGUGGCGCUCACCUACUUCCUGCUGUCUGGCGAGGACUACCGGUGGUGGUGGCGCAGCGUGCUCAGCACCGGCUCCACCGGCCUCUUCAUCUUCGUCUAUUCUGUUUUCUACUACCGGAACCGGUCGUCCAUGAGCGGCCUGGUGCAGAGCACGGAGUUCUUCGGCUACUCUCUGCUCACGGCGCUGGUCUUCUCACUGAUGUUGGGCAGUGUGUCGUUCUGGGCCUCACUGGCGUUUAUCCGCUACAUCUACCGUAGCCUGAAGAUGGACUAGAUAUGAAAUGUGCACAAACAGACACAGUGAUAAACAAACAUUCCCUCAUAGCACACACGGACAAUCCUCAUUUCUUGUUAUUUCAGUCAUACUCAGGCUGCGUCCGAAAAGUCUUUUUUGCUUAGGAAGGUUCCUAACUGAGUAGCAGCAGCUACUGGCAGCCAUGAUAACAGCUGGUCGAAUUCUCUAAAAGCCUUCCUUUCAUAUCUCCUUUAGCAUAUCCUUUACGAAAGGAAAGGAGAGAAUGCCGUCCCACAAUUCCUUGCGGUGGCAACAUUUAAAGCGACGCACGUCCUCAAACUCAAACGAUAAAAUUCAUCAACCUCAUUUAGCAAAAUCCUUCCAGUACAGAUGCACAUUAUGAUACUUGAAUAAGACUCUCACAAUUUCCUUCUUUGUUUUGGUUUGUUUUCUUUUGGCUUUGCUGUAAUCUGAUACUGUUUCAACACAGUUUUAUGUUUCAAAUUGUUGAAAUAUGCUAUAAAGGGUUUUCUACUAUAAUAAAAAAGAGAAAUCACCGACCAUGAGGGAUAAAGGAUGUUGAUCACUAUGUAGGUUACCAUUGGCUAUUAAGCCUUUUCUCUCUUAUGCCAUAACCCCCUAACAUGCAUAUGUCUUGAACUGUCAACAAUAACUGAGACCCAUGCCCGCUGUCUUGUAACAUGAUCAAAGUGAGGAUGAUGUUGUAGCAUGUAGCCUCAUGUUAUGCAUAGGCAGCCUUCAGCAAUAUCGUUAACUGAUUUUACUUCAGUCACAGAUGCUGACACCCUCGCCUUAAUAAAGGCAAUGAUCAAGCUGGAUGAGCUGUACAUUAAAUGUAAUGUAUUAUUUCAGUGUUUCCCACACACUGAUUUAUAACGCUGACCACAUUUUCUUACUAUCUAAAAUGGUCAGCGCAUUUAUUUGCUCAGCACCUCCUCUCCCUCGCGCGCUCCCUCUCUCUCUCUCAGUUGAGAGAGUCUUUCUGUGGUAAACACUACAAACAAUAAAUGGGAUUCAUGUUGAUAAAUAUGGGCAGGGUGAGUGUGAGCAAGCUUUCUCAAUGUGACAACCCUUUCCAUUAUUUUUGACAGGUACCCUACAGGCCUAUUUGCUAUCUUGAUUAUGAAGUUCUAGUAUAUUCCACCGUGUUGUCCACCUUUAGAUGGCCUGCCUUAAAACGACAGGGGGCGCAGUGUCAGAGAUGCGCUUUUUGUAGUCCAUCUUCGGAACAUUGUAGUUUCAUCACCGCAGGUCACGUGAGUAACACCCGCCGUCGCAUAAUUACGUUGCCAAGAAGAUAGUCGGGUUCUCUGAGCCCCACGGUCCUCUUUUCCUAAGUCAUGGAUUCUCCUUCACAUCUUUCCUUGACCUCAUGGCGUUUUCCAUCAAGGCCAAGGAAAAGUGGUUAGGAAAGGAUUUUUUUUUUUUUUUUUACUUUUCGGACGCAGCCUCAGACAACCUACGGGGUUAAUGGGAGGAACAGGGGCCUUUGAUUUGACAGGAUCUAAUGAUUGAGCUAGAGUGGCCACUGGACUAGGGAUUAGCUGGAUAGAUGAUGGGUGAGCUGGGGAGAGGGGAUCAUGUAUGUAAGGAUAAAAUGGGAUAUUUUGGUAAGAAGGGACGAGUGUCCCAUUAGGAAUGAAUGAGUAUGAGAUACAUGUGUGAAUGAGUUUAAUCGUUGUAUGAUGCAAUGUGGCAUCAUCUACUCUGGUUCCUACCCUGAUCUACACAGCGUUUCCCGCAUUACACUUACCAACUGAGACAGCUGACUCAUACUGUAUUUGAUUUAUUAUGCAGUCGUGUAAGUGCUAUUACUUGCACUUAUACUCCCCCUCACAUACAAUUGUGGCAGUCUGUUCAAAUGAAACAUGUUUUGCACUGGCCUUGUAAUGGAUGAGAAACGAUGCCUUGUAGAUUGAAGAUCUGUUGGUGAGGGAGCAAUAUAGUCAUUGUAUUAUAUGGUCGCCACUGACUGAUGUAAAUAUAGUCUUUUCAAUAAAAUGCUUUUUAAUACAAUAUUGAAAGCCACCAAAGUAUUGGCUGAUUUUUCCCCCCUGAUUCUUUUUACAAGGGUCUGUACUAAUUGAACAUCCUUUAUAGCCUAUUAACAGCAUGGUAUCUCUACCUCCACCUCCACCACAAAAAUGCUACACUUCCACUACCUUUGCAGCGUGUUUUAAGUUUGAACAACCCAACUACUCUUGAUGGCAUGAUCAGAAGCCUUUUCACUUUUGGCCAGACAUCAGGUCAAAUGCAAUUAACAAUAUAAUCAAAAAUUUGAGAAAGCAGUGCAUACAUUUUAUCAAAAUGUUACCAUAUGAUAAUGUUCUCAGUAAAAUAAAAGACAACAACCUUUUAAAGUUAACCUGUAUUUAUAGAAAAAAAAUUGCAUUGAAAUGUGGACAGCAGAGCUGUAUCAGUACUUUGCAUUAAACAGUUCCAAAAAACAGUUAUUCAAAGACUGCAUCCAACUUGGACACAUCUGGUAUCACCAAGCGUAAAGAACACACCAACAUACAUUAAAUAGUUGCAUAUAAAAAUAAAACUUCAAGAU